AUGGCGAGCAGCGAAGUGGCAGGUAGAGUUGCAGACACAGUACAAUGUCCCGUUUGUUCUAAGGAUUUCGCAGCGUCAAAAAUCAAUGCCCAUCUGGGCAGAUGUUUGAUGAAUAAUGACACUUGUCCAAGAUCAACCAGUAAAGACGAGAGCGGACCUCAUCUCAAGAAAUCUCGCAAUUCUGGCAAAACUUAUUCUGUUAAAAAGUAGUCCCACUGUCAAGACAGACUCAUCGGAUGCAAGGAAAGGUACCCACCCCGUCCUCGCGGUUUUCAGUAUGUUUCAGACCAACAGAAAUAAGGGUCCAGUUCAAAGUGAACGAAAUGCAUUUUUAUCGAAUAUAUUGAGUGCCAGCACUGCUGUCAGUAACAGAAUCAAACGUAAUUCACCAGAUGGGACGGAGGCAGGUGUGGGACAGUUUGGCAUCGACCCCCCUGUAUCGAACACACUGAAGAAAACCCUGCGUUAUACAACAACACCUGCAUGA